CGUCGUGGUGACCCACACCUCGCAGACGGCCGUGAGUAAGGCUGCUGCAGAGUGCUGAGGUGUGCUGUGCUCUGUGCUGGUGGUGCAGUUGCUGCUUCAGCUUGCAGCACCAGGCACGACCCAGCGAUAGAGGUAUCCGUAAAGUAAGGAGCCCCCAUCACCAUCCGCCCCUCCAUGACCCAGAAUCAUCGUCAUACCCCCAGUAUUUUCCGUGGAACUCGAUGCCAGUUUUGAAUAAUGCUGCUGGCCAUUGCUGCUUGCUGUACAUUUUAUCUACUGUUGAAUGUAACUUUUCACUGGAUCCGAAAACAUUCACAUCGGCGGUUCCGCUUUUUGGCUGUCGCAAGUCCCUGUCGGAUAUCCUCAAUGCUAGCCAAGGCUGGUUUCUAAAAAAUCGCUCUCACGCUCUUGGAGUCUGGUUUUACCCGCUUGCUGCGAGGCUGCUGCUUAUUCGUACGUGCACAGGCCCUUGAGACGAGGGAAUUCGACGUAAUGGUACCCAUAGAAAACGGAGAAAAAUCGCGAAUCGCGAUCCGUGGAUGGGAAUUUCGAGUCGCUCAGGACAACCAACCCCAUUCAUCAGAGUAAUCCAUCGUUCCUGAUAGACGAAAACCAAGGAAGAUAUCGGCUGAGGCGUUAAAAAAGCGAAUAAAGCAGCUUGC